CCCACUCCUGGAGAACCCCGUGCUGGAAGCCACGGACACCCGGCUCCCAGGCGGCGGCAUUUUGGCGUUGGGAGCUGCAGCUGUCCAUUCGGACCACCGCAGUCGACUGCAGCUGCGGGAGCCUGCAGCCCCUUCGAGCUGCCCACUGAGCGCCGGACCGCGGGGAUCCUUGCCCGGCAGAGGCGCAGCCGUGGACACAGCGUGGUUCAGAGUUGGGUGCCUGGUUCACCUCGCCUGCUUAUCCCUUCUCCGCCCAGGAUUUAUUGUCUGUGAAGCCUUCUAGGGGUGGGGAAGGAGCUGCGCCUCCGCCGCCGCUGCUGCGGUUGCUAGCGCGGCGCGCAGGGCAGGCGGAGGCUGGAGAGUGGACGCGCUCCUGCCUCCCCCGCCGGCGCUUCGGGCUUCCCCUCGGCGCUUCCCGCGGGAACCUCUCCAAGCGUCCACCUGAAGGGCACCGAAAUCAUGGUCUAAGGCGGCAUCUGCCUGGAGUCCCCUCUCUCUUCCUCUUCUCCCACUCCCUUCUCCUCCUCCGAGGACCCUCGCCUCCACUCCACUGCGGACCACCGAGCACUUUAAGGAAUAAUCCCUGGCAGCUGCACCGUUCGCACGCUUUCGAACCUCAUGGGCAGUUUCUCCCGCCGGCGAUGAUGGAGAACCUAGUAAGGGGAAGAAAUCCCCCACAAUAUCAAAGAAGUCCCUGUAAAGAGGUUCGUGCAGCACUUCGGAAGAGACCUGAGGAGGAGUUGCAGUGCCUGGAGAUGACCACCAAGCGGAAAAUCAUCGGCCGUCUGGUGCCGUGCCGAUGUUUCCGAGGUGAAGAAGAAAUCAUCUCUGUUUUAGAUUAUUCUCACUGCAGCCUUCAGCAGGUGCCAAAGGAGGUCUUUAACUUCGAGCGGACAUUAGAGGAGCUUUAUCUAGAUGCCAAUCAAAUUGAAGAACUACCCAAGCAAUUGUUCAACUGUCAAGCUCUACGAAAACUAAGUAUUCCUGAUAAUGACCUUUCAAGUCUGCCAACCACUAUUGCUAGUUUAGUUAAUCUUAAAGAACUCGACAUCAGUAAAAAUGGUGUACAAGAGUUCCCAGAAAAUAUAAAAUGUUGUAAGUGUUUAACAAUUAUUGAAGCCAGUGUCAAUCCUAUAUCUAAACUCCCUGAUGGUUUCACACAGCUUCUAAAUCUGACCCAGCUCUACUUGAAUGAUGCUUUCCUUGAAUUUCUUCCAGCGAAUUUUGGAAGACUUGCCAAAUUACGAAUCUUGGAGUUAAGAGAAAAUCAUUUGAAAACUCUACCAAAGUCAAUGCACAAACUGGCCCAGUUGGAAAGGCUAGACCUAGGCAAUAAUGAAUUCAGUGAGCUGCCUGAAGUUCUGGAUCAAAUACAAAAUUUAAGAGAGUUGUGGAUGGAUAAUAAUGCAUUGCAAGUGCUACCUGGGUCUAUAGGGAAGUUAAAGAUGUUGGUAUACCUGGAUAUGUCAAAAAACAGAAUAGAAACUGUUGACAUGGAUAUUUCUGGAUGUGAAGCACUUGAGGAUCUCCUGUUAUCAUCCAAUAUGUUGCAACAGUUGCCUGACUCUAUAGGACUGUUGAAAAAACUAACUACUCUAAAAGUAGAUGAUAAUCAACUUACAAUGUUACCCAAUACAAUUGGAAAUUUAUCUUUAUUGGAAGAAUUUGACUGUAGUUGUAACGAACUGGAAUCACUACCUUCUACUAUUGGCUACCUUCAUAGUCUUCGAACAUUAGCAGUUGAUGAAAAUUUCCUUCCAGAAUUACCAAGAGAAAUUGGAAGCUGUAAGAAUGUAACAGUUAUGUCUCUACGUUCAAAUAAGCUGGAAUUUCUUCCUGAAGAAAUUGGACAGAUGCAGAAACUAAGAGUUUUAAAUUUGAGUGACAACAGAUUGAAGAAUUUACCAUUCUCAUUUACCAAACUUAAAGAGCUUGCUGCUUUGUGGCUUUCUGACAAUCAGUCUAAAGCACUUAUCCCUUUACAAACUGAAGCCCAUCCAGAAACAAAGCAAAGGGUAUUGACUAACUACAUGUUUCCCCAGCAGCCUCGUGGUGAUGAAGAUUUCCAAUCAGACAGUGACAGCUUUAACCCCACACUAUGGGAAGAGCAGAGACAACAGCGUAUGACAGUUGCCUUUGAAUUUGAAGAAAAAAAAGAAGAUGAUGAAAAUGCUGGGAAAGUUAAGGAUCUCUCCUGCCAAGCCCCAUGGGAAAGGGGCCAGCGUGGGAUUACUCUCCAACCUGCCAGACUGUCUGGCGAUUGCUGCACACCGUGGGCCAGGUGUGAUCAGCAGAUCCAAGAUAUGCCCAUCCCCCAGAAUGACCCACAGCUGGCAUGGGGUUGUAUAAGUGGCCUCCAGCAGGAAAGGAGCAUGUGUACUCAAUUGCCAGUUGCAGCACAAUCCACCACUCUUCCCUCUCUAAGUGGCAGACAGGUUGAAAUAAACCUAAAACGAUACCCAACUCCUUACCCAGAGGAUUUAAAGAAUAUGGUAAAAUCUGUUCAAAAUCUGGUGGGUAAGCCAAGCCAUGGAGUGCGUGUUGAGAAUUCAAACCCAACUGCUAACACGGAACAAACUGUGAAAGAAAAAUAUGAACACAAGUGGCCGGUAGCCCCAAAGGAGAUUACAGUGGAGGAUUCUUUUGUUCAUCCAGCUAAUGAAAUGAGGAUUGGGGAACUUCACCCUUCAUUAGCUGAGACCCCUCUGUACCCACCCAAACUUGUUCUGCUAGGGAAGGACAAAAAAGAAUCAACUGAUGAGUCUGAAGUUGACAAAACUCACUGUCUGAAUAACAGUGUUUCCUCAGGCACUUACUCAGACUACUCGCCGUCCCAGGCUUCCUCCGCAUCCUCUAACACCCGGGUUAAAGUGGGGUCCUUGCAGACAACAGCUAAAGAUGCAGUACAUAAUUCUUUGUGGGGUAACAGGAUUGCACAAUCUUUCCCACAGCCUCUUGAUUCAAAGCCAUUACUCAGCCAGCGGGAGGCUGUUCCCCCAGGGAAUCUUCCACAGCGUCCUGACCGGCUGCCAAUGGGUGAUGCUUUCACUGACAACUGGACUGAUGGCUCCCAUUAUGACAACACAGGGUUUGUUGCUGAGGAAACUACAGCUGAGAAUGCCAAUAAUAAUCCUCUCCUAAGUUCCAAAGCCAGAAGCACGCCGACGUCUCACGGGCGUCGGCCUUUGAUCAGGCAGGACAGGAUUGUUGGUGUACCCCUGGAACUUGAGCAAUCUACUCACAGACACACCCCAGAAUCAGAAGUGCCUCCUUCCAAUCCUUGGCAGAAUUGGACAAGAACUCCUAGUCCAUUUGAAGACAGGACCGCUUUUCCUUCCAAAUUAGAGUCAACCCCUACCACCAGCCCAUUGCCUGAAAGGAAAGAUCAUACAAAAGAACCUACUGAAAUACCUAGUCCUUUCUCUCCCGGAGUGCCAUGGGAGUAUCAAGAUUCCAAUCCCAACAGGAGUCUUACUAAUGUCUUUUCUCAAAUCCACUGCCGCCCAGAAUCUUCUAAAGGUGUUGUUUCCAUUAGCAAAAGCACAGAGAGGCUCUCCCCGCUCAUGAAAGAUAUAAAGUCCAACAAAUUCAAAAAGUCACAGAGUAUCGAUGAGAUCGACAUUGGUACAUAUAAGGUUUAUAACAUACCACUAGAGAACUACGCUACAGGCAGUGAUCACUUGGGAAGCCACGAACGCCCAGAUAAAAUGUUGGGACCAGAGCACGGCAUGUCCAGCAUGUCACGAAGCCAGUCAGUCCCCAUGCUGGACGAUGAAAUGCUCCUGUACGGAAGCAGCAAGGGGCCGCAGCAGCAAAAAGCUUCCAUGACCAAAAAAGUCUAUCAGUUCGACCAAAGCUUCAACCCUCAAGGAUCAGUGGAAGUUAAAGCCGAGAAGAGGAUCCCGCCCCCUUUCCAACACAAUUCUGAGUAUGUGCAACAGACCGGCAAAAACCUGGCCAAGGAUUUGAUUAGUCCUAGAGCUUACAGAGGUUACCCACCAGUGGAGCAAAUGUUUUCCUUUUCGCAGCCAUCGGUUAAUGAGGAUGCUAUGGCAAACGCCCAGUUUGCUAGCCAAGGAGGUCGUGCAGGCUUCUUGAGAAGGGCCGACUCUCUGGCCAGCUCUACAGAAAUGGCCAUGUUUCGAAGGGUCAAUGAGCCCCACGAGCUGCCGGCGAAUGACAGGUACGGCCGGCCUCCGUAUAGGGGAGGCCUGGAUCGCCAAGGCAGCGUUUCAGUGACUGAGUCCCAGUUCCUGAAGAGGAAUGGCAGGUAUGAAGAUGAACACCCUUCAUAUCAAGAAGUGAAAGCGCAGGCGGGAAGUUUUCCAGUUAAAAACCUUACCCAGAGGAGGCCAUUGUCUGCAAGAAGCUACAGUACAGAGAGUUACGGUGCCUCCCAAACCAGGCCAGUUUCAGCUAGGCCUACUAUGGCAGCUCUUUUGGAAAAAAUACCAUCUGACUAUAACUUGGGUAACUAUGGUGACAAGCCAUCAGAUAACAGUGAUAUAAAGACGAGGCCCACUCCUGUGAAGGGAGAGGAGAGCUGUGGUAAAAUGCCUGCAGACUGGAGACAACAGCUGCUUAGACAUAUAGAAGCUAGAAGGUUAGACAGGAAUGCUGCUUACAAACACAACACAGUUAACCUUGGCAUGCUGCCCUAUGGAGGUAUUUCAGCAAUGCAUGCAGGCAGAAGCAUGACUUUAAACUUGCAGACUAAGUCUAAAUUUGAUCAUCAAGAACUACCUCUUCAGAAAACCCCGUCCCAGCAAAGCAACAUUUUAGACAAUGGACAAGAAGAUGUAUCUCCUAGUGGCCAAUGGAAUCCUUAUCCACUUGGGAGGCGGGAUGUACCUCCGGACACCAUUACUAAAAAGGCAGGCAGCCACAUCCAGACUUUGAUGGGUUCCCAGAGCCUUCAGCAUCGCAGCCGGGAGCAGCAGCCAUAUGAGGGAAACGUAAACAAAGUGACCAUCCAGCAAUUUCAGUCACCAUUGCCUAUUCAGAUCCCCUCUUCACAGGCAACCAGGGGACCUCAGCCUGGACGGUGCUUAAUUCAAACUAAAGGGCAAAGGAGUAUGGAUGGCUAUCCAGAGCAGUUUUGUGUGAGAAUAGAAAAGAAUCCUGGCCUUGGAUUUAGUAUCAGUGGUGGAAUUAGUGGACAAGGAAAUCCAUUCAAACCUUCUGACAAGGGUAUCUUUGUUACUAGGGUUCAGCCUGAUGGACCAGCAUCCAAUCUACUACAGCCUGGUGAUAAAAUCCUUCAGGCAAAUGGACACAGUUUUGUACAUAUGGAACAUGAAAAAGCUGUAUUACUACUGAAGAGUUUCCAGAACACAGUAGACCUAGUUAUUCAACGUGAGCUUACUGUCUAAAUAUUUUUUAUAAAUAGUGAAGAUAUGUCUAGCCAGAACUAAUGUUCAAAAAUAAAUUUAUACAUAGAAUCAAAUUUUGCCAAUUGCUGGACCAAUGGCAAACGUUAGUGCCAAAUGUAUAAUACUAUAUGUUAGCACUGAUCAUCCUUAAAAAUGUUAGCUCUAUAAAUAUGAUGUUCAUGUGGUUAUGUAUUAGUUUUAAUUGUCAGCCUAUGGCUGUGCAUUGGUGCAGUUUUGUUUUUGUUUGGUUUUUGUUUUUUACCAAGUAAGUUUCUUCUGAAAGUGUUUUUCAUAUGAUUUCGGAGCACGGAAGCACAUACAAGCUCUUAAUGAAUUCUGCUCUCCAUCAGAAACACUGCCUCAAAGUUGUAUAUGCCUUUAUAUAGAAACUACAGAUAUAAAAAAAUGUAAUUCCCAUAAAA